AUGGAGCCACGGCACGCCGUGUCCUGGUGCAGUGCGGCGCAGCGUUUGCUGACCGGCCACCGGUUAACCUUGCCACCCGGAUAUUUAACGGUGAUCAGCGCAGCAUUACCACCGGUGCAUAUGGACCCCUCUGGCGCGUGCUCCGGCGUAACCUCACCGGCAAAGCCCUCCACCCAUCGUCCCUCCGCCGAGGGAGUUCUUGUCGGCGGUGUGGUCGGCUUUCAGGUGCUAGGUGUGUGCCCGCCGCUCACCAAGCUCGUGUUCCGGCACCGGUGGAAGAAGAUGCUGUCCAUGCGGCGGCGGCAGGAGGAGGUGUUCAUCCCUCUGAUACGUGCACGCCAGGCACGACGCGACGCCAGCGGUGACAACUUCGCUGUGGAUUGCUACGUCGACUCACUCCUCGGCCUCCGUAUCCCUGAGGACGGCGGCAGAAACCUGACGGAGAGCGAGAUGGUGAGCCUGUGCUCCGAGCUCUUGUCCGGGGGACCCGACUCGACGGUCACGGCGCUGCAAUGGACCAUGGCAAACCUCGUUGCGCAACCGGAGAUCCAGGCAAAGCUCCGCGCUGAGAUACGCCACGUGGUCGGCGCGGAGGCACGCAUCCAGGACGAGCACCUGCCGCGCAUGCCCUACCUCCAGGCCGUCGUACUGGAGGGGCUCCGGCGGCACCCGCCCGGUCGCUUCAUGCUGCCACACGCGGCGACCGAGGGUGGCGGCGCGUUGCGUGUUGGGCAUUUGGCAACUAACCGCACCAACAAGCUUAUUUCUAGGGAAAGUUUCAUUAAAGCAACUAUCCCUAUAAAUCCAUUUUCAGAAGUGAUUGCUUAA